AUGGCUUAUGCAGCCGUAGUUUUACUGAUGCGGGAUCUAGAAGAACUCUUGCAUUCCCAGGCACAUCCCAUUGGUCUAAAGAAAGAACAGAUUGAAUCUCUUUACAAGGAAGUUAGCUUAUUGCAAGUAUCCCUCAAGGAUUCCCCAGAGAAAAUGUAUGAUCAUGAUGUGAAAAAUUUGGAGAAACGGAUAAGUGAUGCAGCUUACCGUGCUGCAGAUUUCAUUGAUUCUCACGUGUAUAUCAGCUAUAUCCGUAACGCUGAUAUUCAGGAAAGAAAGAUCGAGUAUAGUCGGAUUUCCUUGAUCGCCCACCAAAACUUUUCACAGUUCAUUAAAGAGAUCAAGUCGAUCAAGCUAGAAGCCUUGAGAUUUUUUGAUAAACAGAUCCGCGAUACAGAAGUUCUGCCCCAUGAAAAUCCUUCAGAUCAAGACUUGUCACCAAGUUCUCUAAACGCAGAGGACAGGCUUGUGGGCAUUGAUAAUGACAUCAAAGCAUUGCUUCAUCGACUCAUAGGAUUUCCAUCCCAUCUCAAAGUUAUUCCAAUCAUAGGCAUGGGUGGCAUAGAAAGAUGUCAAGGGCUACCACUAGCUAUUGUUGUAGUUGCUGGGCUCCUGAACAAUGUGAGCAGAACGCUGGACUGCUGGAAGAGAAUUGCAGAGACUGUAGUAUCUCUUGUUGCUGAAAAGCCACAGCACUGCACGGAUAUUCUUGCCUUAAGACCUGUCAGCUGUUCUAAGGAAGUUUAUGCCGGGAUGCCACGGCUAAGGAAAUUGGAAAUUUAUGCUACUGAAACUGACUUUGGUACUGAGUGGAUCUCGGAAUGCUUAAGUAAUCUCGUCUGUUUAAAUGAUCUCGAAACAUUGAAAUGUAAUUUUCUCUACAGACCAAGAAAGCAUCGGCUUUCAGCGCAGAAUGUGUUCCCUUCAAACCUGAAGAAGUUGACCUUAAGUGGGAGCUAUUUGCCAUGGGAAGACAUGAAAAGUCUUGGCAUGUUACCCAACCUUGAGGUGCUUAAACUCAGAUCUUUUGCAUUUGACGGAGAUAAGUGGUCACCAGUUGAGGGAGGGUUUCUCCGACUAAAGCUCUUGCUAAUGGAGAAUUCAGAUCCAAACGACUGGGAUGCAGAUGAAUCCCACUUUCCGAGACUUCAACGCCUCGUCCUAAAGGAAUGUACCCGCCUCGGAGAAAUCCCUGAAGGUAUUGGAGAAAUUCUGACACUGCAACUGAUUGAAAUACAUGACUGUAGCCUUAGUGUUGUAAUGUCUGCAAGGAAAAUACAGGAACAACAAGAGAUGAUGGGAAAUGAUCAGUUAAGUGUCCAGAUAAGCUGGGGAGGUUAUCAUUCACAAAGUGAUCUCCCUGUUGAUUUGCAUUUUCUCAGAAAUCAGUAA